AUGGCUUCGUCCUCAGAAACCAUCCGCAUCGGCUACGUCCCCGUAACUGACGCGUUGAACUACGAUGCAGAGCACUACCUCACUCCCCUGCACUUAGCCCUCCGCUCGCCGGCCCUGCAAUCGCUGCCCUUCAAGGUGUCCUUGGUUCCGUUCCCAUCCGGCACGGGACAUAUGAUCACCUCCCUUCGCGAGAAGGAGAUCGACAUUGGUAUUGGAUUGACCGAGGGCUGGGUUGCUGGUCUAGCGGGCAAAGCGCAAGCCCAGAAGGAUGCUUCCUCCGGGGGUUACAAAAUGGUUGGCCAAUGGGUCGAUACGCCCUUGCGGUGGGCUAUCGUGACGGGUCGCAAUCGGGAUGACAUCCAGACGGUGGCUGACCUGAAGGAUAAGCGGGUUGGUAUCAGUCGGCCGGGAAGUGGCUCUCAUAUCAUGUCCUUUGUCUUGGCCCAAAAGCAGGGCUGGCAACCCGACUCGUUGACUGCCGUGCCGCUGGGUCCCUUCGGGGCCUUGCGUAACGGAGUCACCGGCUUGGAUGACUCGCGCCCGGAUCAGAAGCCCGAGCCCACGGCGGAGUUCUUCAUGUGGGAGCAGUUCACCACGAAGCCUUACUUCCACCCCACCGCGGAGAAGCCGGAGCCACCGCUGAAGAAGUUUGACGAGAUUUACACCCCAUGGCCUUCCUGGAUGGUGGUCGCGUCGACGGCCAUCUUCCCAGACCCGGAACGCGAUUCCAAGCUGCAGCAGCUGUUCAAGCUUUUCGACCAGGGCGUCCAGGACUUCGAGGCCGACACGACGCAAGUAGUUAGGCUGCUUGGGACAGGAGAGCUCGGAUGCACGUACAACGAAGAGGAUGCGAAGGAAUGGCUGAAGGAUGUCAAGUUUGUCCAAGGGACCAAGGGUGUGGAUCGGAAGAUGGUAGAGAGCGUGGUAGAUGUGCUGAAAAUUGCCGGUGUUAUCGAUAGCAGCAUGACUCACGACGAAGCCAUUGAGAGGGUCAUUGGAAUCCACCGGUGA